AUGGAAAAGAAGGCACGAAUAUCUCGUAUUAGUGAAAUAAAACAGGCCAAAGAGAAUGCUUUCCUCGAAGGCAAAGAGCGGUUUAGACAGAGCCGUGAAGGUGUCAGCCGGCUCACAAACCUGGAACCGACUGCUCAAUCGUACAACACAAACUUGCAAUUCAUUGAAGAUGACACAAAAAGCGACUGGAUUACCGGAAUUCAUUCAUAUUCGACCUCGGCGACAGAUCCUGUCAGUUUUCAACUGGAGAAAAACACUUGCGACGAGAGCAUGCUGGACAUAUUCGAAGAGCAAUAUUAUCAUUUGAUUGAUUGCCUACAACAAACAACUUGUCCAGAGGUACUGGUUCAUUUACUAAUCCGCGAAGAACGAUUUCACAUCGGAAACAUGACCUCUAAACGACCACCUUACCGAAUACAGUUGAGACAACGGUUUGUACACUGCUGUCGACGACGUGGACGUGGUCGACACCCGAGAGACCAUACGGGCGAGUUGAGUUCAGCCAUCAGUCUCUCCGGUCAAGGGGAUGGACUCAGCUAUCCUCCGAUGGAUAUGAGUGCGAAAGGAUUUACUCCCAGCGCACAACCGAAUCAGCUCAAAGACGGUGAACAGCUAACAAUCCAUUCUGAGUUGAGUCCUUCUAUGGAAUUUGAUCGACCGCAUGCUGCCAUAUUUCCUGGUCGUACGCCCUACGCCGGAUACAGUAGAGCUCCAUUAGUUCAACAUUCAAAUGAUAUAGUAAAUUGUGACCUGACUGAUAUGUAUGCGAUUGGCAUCCCCAGUCCAAGUAUGACAUACCAGUGCCAUCGAGACUCACAGUCAUUCAACAUUGUGGACACCACGAUACCGACCUCUGUAGCAUCUCACUCAACGGACACUCCGAACACGCAGUCCAAUCCCCCAAAGUCGACUGAUAUUCUCUGA